CAGUGUUUUGUUCAGUUAUAUAAACAACGAUUUUUUAAUCAGGUACUAGCUCGUGUUAAAGCAUGGCUGGUAGACCUGACUCUGGUUACUUGUCUUUGUUUUGGGACUUAGGAAACAAUAACGAAGAAGCCAGGAAUAAAGUUGCUCAAAACUUGGUUCAACAAAUUCUAUCUAAGCAAAACGAAAAUGAGGAAUUAUGUGAAGACGCAUCAUAUGUUUUUGGUAGAUUGGUAAUAGGUCUAUCUUCAAAUCGGAAAUCUGCAAGAGUUGGAUUUGCGACCGCAUUAACCAAUCUUUUACUUCUGAUUCCUUCUUCUGUGUUUGAUAGUAAUCAGUUAAUGCAGUUAAUGGAAGAAAAAUUAAAAAUUCAAGGAAAUAAUAAAAGUGAAGAUAAAGAGGUUUAUCUUGGACGAGUCUUUUGUUUACUGUCGCUUAUUCAAAGCAAGAAACUGACUGAUGAGAAUUCAACAGAAAGUUUGAAAGAAACAGUCACCCAGCUUGUAAAACUGAGUGAAACAAAACAUUUUCUGCGCUCAAUUACUUACCAUGGUUUAACUGAAAUAGCUGCCCAGGUCUCACGUGAAAGCUUUAAAAAUUCAGUUUGGCCAUUAAUCAGUGAUCGAUUUGAUAAUGGUUGGGAAUCAUGCACUCCUGAAAUACUUUACUUGUUGGAAACUUGCGCAAAGUUGCAUCCUAAAACCUGCAAUAAGGAAUACUUAAAAACAAAUAAGUGGAUCCCACAAAAAUCAAAAAAAGGGCAAAUAAUUGGUGAACACUGCUUCAAGCACUUAGCGAGAAUAGUUGCAGAAACUACAUCUUGUCAUCCCAAUAUUAAUCCCUUUGCUAUCUCCAUCAUUUCAUCAGUUGGGAAGUUGGGAUCAAAGAGUCUCGGGAAGCUGUGGAGUGAACAUCUUUCAACCACUCUUUUGUCUUCUUCCCCUGAGAGGAAAUACUUGUCAAUAAAACUCGCAAUUCAUUCUCUGAGUUGUUUGGAAGUGGACCAGUUGAGUGAGGUGUGGUCAAAGGAUCUCCUGAUGCAUUUAUACCACGCGCUUUUAAACAAGGACAACCCCCUUCACUUGAUUUGUAAAAACGAGUUGCCGAAAUAUCUGGGUGAAAAACUGAACCAACAGGAUGUAUCUUGGGGCGUGCAAUACAAUUUGUUGUUCAGAUUGUUUAGCAGUCCUGGAGGAAUCCAUCUUGACAGCAUCACUCACACUUCUAUUAUUUACUCAAUUGUUAGUCAUUUUAAACUGCCAGCAUUACUGAAGUAUAUCAUUUGGUUGAAACAAUUAUUCCUGUAUGGUACAAGGGGUGAUGUUGGAAUACAAGAUAUUAACUUGGAUGUAGCAAGAAGAUGGAGUAGUUCACAACUUUCUCACUUGGUUCGAAUGCAGAGUCUUCCACGAGAAGAAGAAUGGAUUGGGUCAAUCAUUAAGUUCUUGUUCGUUCAUUCUCAUUUUAUCGUGACUGCGGAAAAUUCCACUUCAAGUGUGUUGGAAGAAGGAUCAAUUAAAGCUGAUUUCAUUGAGUUGUCACAAGCAACUCAAUCUCAUAUCCAGCAGUGCUUCACUAAUGUAUUAUCGUGGCUGAAUAAUAUGCUGCCCCUGGUUUAUGAUAAGACAAACACUGAAGAAAAGAAACCCAAUGUUCCACGUAUACCUGGUACAAUGAACAGUGGCAACUUUUGGCUCACGUUUAUCACAAAAUACGCUGACCAGACAUUGCUUGACAAAAGCAUGAAACCUGUGUUUCAACUUGAUGACCAACUACAACAGAUAUGGACCAAGACAAUGGAUUAUGUUGCAAAGCUUACUAAACUUAAAAGUCAAGGAACAAGAAGCAGUAAAUCAUCUGAAGCAACUGCUCUGCAACUUCUACUUCUGCAUGUUGGUCUACAGCUCAUCUCUUUUAACCCACAAGUGCAAGCGAGUGCAGUUGAUGUGUUGGAAGAUCUUCAAGUCAUUGUAGAUGAAAGAUUCUUCAAGAAAUCUAAGAAAGCUGAUGCUGACCAACCUCACUGGGUGGAUGUUAUCGUUGAAAUUUUGUUGACAAUGUUGUCCCAAGGCUCCCAUAGUGUUCGAAUAGUAGCUGAACAAGUCUUUAGGUUGAUUAACCCUCAUUUAACACCAAGCUCACUCAAGUUAAUGCUGGAUGUUCUUAAACUGAAGAGUGAAGAGUUGAUGAAAGAUGAUGAAGAUGUAGAUGGGGAUGGAGAGGAUGAGGAGGGAGAUGAGGAGGAUAAUGCAGAGGAAGCUCAGAAGAAGAGCGAUGCAGAUUCUGAAUCAAGUGAAGAAGAAUCUGAUGAUGGAAGUGAUGAGGAAGAUGCUGUGGAUGUAGAUGAGGAGUUUAAGAAAAGGAUCAAGGAAGCUCUCGGUGAUGCAGCUGCUCCUAGUGAGGAAAGUGAUGCAAAUGAUGAAGAUGAAAGCGAAGAUGAGGAAUUUAGUGAUGAUGCAAUGAUGAGGAUUGAUCCUCUGCUAUCUGAUAUCUUUAAACAAAGAAAGUUAUCACGUAAGGCGACAAAGAAGAACAACCGGAUGCAAGUGACUCACUUCCAGCUCCGAUGUUUAGAUCUUCUUGAAACCUUCAUCACGAGGCAGUGCGCGACAAAUCCUCUCGUUCUUGAUCUUCUUCUUCCGCUCCUUGAUGUUGUUGAGUCUUCCACUAAAGAUCCGGAAAAAGAAAUAUUGGCCGAGCGUGCAACUGUCGUUUUAAGGAUCAAACUUUGCAAAAUGAAGGGCUACCCUCACUCGCUUGAUGAUGAUGUCAUAGAUCGUUGCCAUGACAAUAUAGCGAAGGCAUUAAAGAAAUGUUACAGUGCAAGUGGUGGUGUAUUCCUCAGCCAGCUAGCUUCUCACUGCUGUAUGUUAUACCUGCGUGUGCUGUCUGGUAAUUCAGGCAAAGACUCAAAGAAUUCUUCCGGAGCAGUUGAUGUGGAUCGAGUUUGUUCCUUUUAUUCCUCCGCACUGGAGGACUUUAUGACAAAACGGGAGAGCAGAAUACAAGCGUGUGUAAUCCAGGAUUUUAUCAGCAGAUAUCCAAACUAUGCACAAGGUCUCAUACAACCUCUUACUACUAUGGUGGCAGAUGGAAUACAGCUUUAUAGAAAGACCCAAGCUUGCCUGAUGUUGUCAUCAUUUUACCAAGCUUCCCCUGUUCCCCAAUCUAUCAAGGAAUCAUCUAGUGAAAUAUUGACAGCUAUUACUAACAUCAUAUCAACAGUAGUUGAUGAUAAGGAUUCAUUGAAAGGAAAAUAUAUGGUGGCAUUAAUUAAGUUGUUGUUCCAAUGCAUUUCUUCAUUGAAAUCUACAAACAGUGACUUUAAAUCAGCACCAAUUGUUCAACACUUACAAAAUUUUCUUAAAAUUGAAGAAGUAAAAAGAUCGCAAGAACUCAACAAUCUUACUUGGAAGAUACUUAAUGUGUUUGGAUUAGUGUCACAAAGUGGUAAAAUAAUUGGGGACAAACGGUCACGAAAACGAAAAAAUAAGAAGAAAAACAAGGAAGCAAAUCAUGAUGCAGAAAAUAUUGAAAACGAAGGAACUAUGAAUAACGGAGAAGAAAGCAAAGAAAGUAGAAAACAGUUAAAAACGCGUCAUCUUAAAGAAAAAAAGAAAUUAACCAAAGCUUCGAAACAAAAACGAAGCAAAAAGUCGGAGAAACAAGAAAAAGAAAUCAAAGCUGAAAAUUAAAACCAUUAAACUUCUGAUCGCUUUCUUACAAUUUUUCACGAUAAUGUUUUUCGGUGAAAAUACAGACUACUGAAAAUAAAAAUUACCGGAUA